AUGGCCAAGCGCGGUCGCGACCCGAUGGACGACCCCAAAUCCGGGCCGUCCAAGAACGCCCUGCGCGGCCUGUCCUACGUCGACCAGAAGCCGUCCUUCUUGCGCAACAUCGGCGCAGCUCUCUCGGGCCAGGCGCCGAGCUCGAGGCCACCGGUCCCGACUCGGCCAGGCGGCAGCGAUGACGAGGCGGGAUACAGCGACGACGAGCUCGACGGCGCGACCGUCGUCGUCCUCAAGGAGGGCAAGCACAUCGACCAGGACGAGGUCGACCGGUUGCGAGCUCACGCCAAGGCGAACGACGCCCCCGACCCGUUCGCCGCCGGCGCCGCCGAACCCGAGCGGGCAAAGAGCAGCGGCUCGCUCUCGUUCUCGACCGGCGCCAAGGGCGCAAAGGGCAAGAGCGUGUCGGGAGCAGGGCAGGGCGACUGGGCGGACGCCGUCAAGAGGUCGCAGGAGGACGAGGGAGAAGGGGUGGGCGCGGGCAAGGGCGCCGGAGCGGGAGCGAGCAAGGCGGCAUUGGCGGCCAAGACGGCCGAGGACACGGCGCGAGACGCCGAGAAGGAGCUCAAGCGCAAGAAGAAGGAGAAGAAGAAGGCCAAGGAGAAGAUCGGCAAGCUGUCGUUCGGCGAGGACGAGUGAACCCUGCAAUCGUCUUUGUGAUCCUCCCUCU